UUAGUGAACGCAAAGUUGGCUUCUUUCUUCCCAUAACCAUAAAGGAAACCCACAACAGACGCAUACGUUUCCUCCCCUCUAAAUCUACCCUCUUCUUUGUCACUAAGUUUCGCAUCCACAUCUCCUUAAUCAACAAGAAAAUUACUCAUUCCCCUUGCAAGUGCUCCUACAUAUUUGAAUGCACAACCCUGUCUUUUCUAAUGUAUUCUUGAAGAGAGAUUCCAAGAAUUCCAAAUCUCCAUCCGAAAGAGAGAAAGAUGAGUGCAGAUUGGGGACCAGUUGUAGUAGCAGUAAUUUUGUUCAUCCUGCUAUCACCAGGGCUAUUAUUCCAGAUACCAGCAAGGAUAAGGGUGGUAGAAUUUGGGAGCAUGCACACAAGUGGGAUCGCCAUUCUAGUUCAUGCUGUAAUAUACUUCUGCAUAAUCACCAUCUUGAUCAUUGCAAUUGGUAUCCAUAUACAUGUUCAUUGAUUCGAAAAACUACUCAGCCAAGGUUGUGUUCUCUUUCUCUUCUUUUCCUCUUAAUUUCUCACAUCAACAUGUUAAUCAGUUAUCCAAGUUGAAAUUCUUGAGUUUUUACAGCAAGCUCACAUAAAUUCUUGUACUAAUCAUAUGAUGUUUUCCCCUUACUAAUUAUUGUUCCCCUUCAUUCUUACUGAUUAAGAUCACAACUCUUACUACUCCUAAAACUCAUAUUGAAAUGAGAUUGGUCAAUGGUUGACACUUGUUAUUGUAGCAGGCACCGGCAUACAUACAUUCCAAAUCCAAUAAUAAUAAAAAAAAAAAAAGUUAGCAUGUAUGCAA